AUGAAGACCAGCCCUCGUCCAGCAUCCGUCAUUGACACUGACGAAAAAGGAACGCCCCUCCUCCAGACCAAACGAUCGGCCGCUCGUGUGACAAAACGGCAUUCAGACCCAGGAGCACGGAAGUCGUCGUCCACACACGAAACGAAAACGAAACCGACAUCGAAGCCAGAACGGACCCUGAUUGUCGGCGAGUCGCGAUGUCAUGGCCCAAUACACAAUUUGGUGACCACCUACGACGGGAACAAUACCCUGACGAUCUUUAGCACGGGCAAGGACCACAGCGACGAAACAAACGCAGUUGAAGGGGCUUGCUUUCGCAAGAUAUUCUUGACUGAUGAAACCGAAAUAUUGAACCCCGAUGCUGCAUAUGAGAGACAGAGAUAUGUGAAGUUGGCCAUCCUCAUAUCGCACCAAGAUGAGAUCUUCAAAAAUCCCACUAUCUUUGUGGAGCAGCGAGUACAUGCAGAGGACACACAGAAACAACAAACAGUAGCUCAUGAGCUCAUGUUUGGCACAAAUGUUCAACUGGGAGUGGAUUAUGUGUUUCCAGGCUGUGGUGACGAGGACGCAGCAUUCGGCAAGCGGGACCUUUUCGUCCGGUUUCAGUCUUUGGAUACGACAUUAUUCAAGCAGUACAUACAGCACGCCAGAUACUACGGCUAUGAUCUCCACGAGUGCGUACAACUCAAUAAGGAGAAGCUCUCGACCGGAGUCCACUACAACGUUGCGCCCGUUGAUGAUGCAAGCCAGGCUUCUCCCUUCAGGGGCCACCUGGAAAGUUCAGAUCUACAGAGUUUAUUGAAAUCUAAGAGUGGCAAUCCACAGCCCAAGGGCUACUUCUCAGAGCAUGGGAUUGAGCUAAUCAAGCUGAGGUUCUGUGGGUAUGGCAGGUGGACUAGAGGCCGAGAGCAUGGAGGUGACUUGAUUAUCCACUUUGUGUACUCUCCCUCACCUAUUCCCGCGACGAAACACUAG